AUGGAUCCUGAAGAUGAUUAAGAAAUUAUUGAUUCUAUUGUGAAUGGUAUUAUUAUAUCUUAUUGUUCAGCUUUAGAAAGUGAUGAUGAAAGAUCGUUUUCACCUUCUUAAACUAGAUCGGAUACCAAUAGAACUUAUUCUCCUUAAAUUAAGAGAUUCUAAUAACCUUAGUAUUAAAUAUUCACAUAAAUAGAUAUUCAAUUAAGAAAAUUCAAAGUCCAAUUAUAGGCUUUAAAUUAGAUUGUUGGACAAUUCAACCAUUCACCUUGGAUGAUGACUUAUAUUUAGAUGGAGAUUUAGUAUGCAUUAUAUUUUUAUAUAGAUUCUUAAAUGUAAGGAUUAAACUAACAGCAGGAAAAUCUAAGGUCUAUUUGAAAAAGGAAAUGAUGAACAAAGAGAAUUUAUAUUUUAAAAAUUAUUACCCGGAAUUGUUUCACUUGCUAAUGAUAUUUUUGGAAACUAUGUUGUUCAAAGAAUUUUAGAAUAAGGUAAUUAGUUAUAAAGAGAAUUGAUUUUUGAACACUUAUCAUAGUAAAUACUAGUUUUAUGUUAUAAUACUUAUGGAUGUAGAGUAGCUUAAAAAUUGAUAGAAAUUUCUUAUAAUACUUUUAAGUUUGAUUAGAUAUUUAAUAUUUUAUCAUCUGAAAUCAGGAAUUUAGUACUUGAUACUAAUGGCAAUCAUGUGAUUCAAAAAAUUGCUGAAUUGGUAAAAUUUUAGAAAAGUGAAUGGUUGAUUGAAGGUGUUUUGGGAUAGAUUUAAAAACUAUCAAAUGAUUCUCAUGGAUGCAGAUUAAUCUAAUAGAUAUUGGAAUUAUCUUCCAUUUCAUAAGUAAUGAUAUAGAUUAACAAAAAAGUUAAAUGAUAUUUAUAAGGAAUUAUUAUUCAUAUAAGAUGAAUUAUGCUUUUCAUAAUAUGGGAACUAUAUCAUUUAAAUAUUGUUACUUAGAGGACCAACUGAUGUUAUUUAUAAAAUUUAAAAUGCUAUUAUUAAGAAUUUGGAGAAAUUAAGUUGUGAUAAAUUUGGAAGGUAUUCUAUAAUAUUUAAAUAGUAAUGUUGUUGAUAAAAGUGUAAAUAUUUCAGUUUAUAUGAGAAAAGAAAUAUUAAAAGUAUUCAUUCAUAAUAUGAAUGUCUUUUAUAAAUUAUCUAAUAAUUGUUAUGGUAAUUAUGUAAUAUAGAAUUUCUGUAAAUAACUUGAAUAUAAUUAAUUAAUAAAAUUAUCAUAUGAUUCAAGUUAAUUUAAUACUUAAUUUGGUUAACAUGUAUAUUAAACCUUAUAAAAAUUGAAAAAUUGA